AGAGAGAUGAUCAGAAUUCCAGGCACAUAGCGGCGGCUGCAUUGCCAGUCUGCGCGCAGAAGCGCAAAGCAAGCACGCACACGCACACACGCACACACUUAUUCACUAUUACAGUCACAUCGCCGUUUCUCUCAGUGUUUUCCUCUCCUCUCUCAGUGCUGUUUAUGCGGGGUUUCUGGAGCAUUUCUACAGCACAGCUCAAGACGCUGCAAUCCCUGCACUGCUCAUCAUCACCAAGUUUCCAGGCACAGGAUUGUUUCAUUUAUAUUUGCAUCGCCUUCUAUCGUCGAUUUGUUCUACGCAUCCCAAAAAGAUACCACCAAAGAAAGAGACUGAGGUGAUCCACCAGCCUAAUAUUCAAAAGCCUCAUCUCUCUGUGCAUUGCGAUGAUUCCAAGAUGAUUUAAAAGAACAGCAAUAUUCGUGAAUCUCUUUGCUACCUUUACUACCCUGAUCUCCAGUGCAGAAGAUUUCACAACACCAUCUUUGAAUAAAAUGGCUGCCCUUGUGAACAACUGCUUUUACAUGCUCUUGGCAUUUACUCUACUUCCUGAGUUCUUAAGCAUGCACCCAGACUGUGUCAUCCAGCUAGAAAAAGAAAAAUGUAUGGAGAGGAUGGCCUUGGACGACCCUGGCAGUGAGCCUGAAUAUGUGUGUCGCUGGAUGUGGGACAAUCUGACAUGCUGGCAGCCGGCCAGAAUAGGUGAUAUGGUGUGGAUGCCCUGCCCUGAACUAUUCGAGUUCAUGAAUGAAGAAUAUGAAGACUUUGGAAAAGUGAGCCGGAACUGUACUGAGGAAGGCUGGUCAGAGAUGUUCCCUCAUUACGUCGAUGUGUGUCCAUUUGAUGACAAUAGAACGAACCCUAUGGACAAGUACUAUGUGUCUGUGAAAGCUCUGUACACAGUGGGCUACAGCACAUCUCUGGUGUCUCUCACCUCGGCCAUGGUGAUCCUCUGCUGGUUCAGGAAGCUUCACUGCACCAGGAACUUCAUCCACAUGAAUCUCUUUGUGUCUUUUAUCCUGAGAGCCAUCUCAGUUUUCAUUAAAGAUGGAGUUCUGUAUGCUGAGGAGGACAGCAGCCAUUGCUUUAUACAUACUGUGAAGUGUAAGACAGUAAUGGUGUUUUUUCACUACUGUGUUUUAUCAAACUACUUCUGGCUGUUCAUUGAGGGACUAUACCUCUUUACUUUGCUGGUGGAGACCUUCUUCCCUGAGAGGAGAUACUUCUAUUGGUACACCAUCAUCGGCUGGGGAACCCCAACGGUGUGUGUGACAAUCUGGGCAAUGCUUCGUGUGCAUUUUGAUAACAUUGGAUGUUGGGACAUAAAUAACAAUGCUGCCAUCUGGUGGGUGAUAAAGGGACCUGUGCUUGCUUCUAUUAUGAUCAACUUUGUCCUCUUUAUCGGUAUCAUCAUAAUCCUUGUCCAGAAGUUGCAGUCUCCUGAUAUAGGAGGCAAAGAAUCCAGCAUUUACUUACGCCUUGCUCGCUCCACUCUCCUGCUCAUCCCUCUCUUUGGUAUCCACUACACUGUGUUUGCUUUCACUCCCGAGGAUGUCAGUAAGAGAGAACGGCUCGUGUUUGAACUGGGGCUUGGAUCUUUCCAGGGCUUUGUGGUUGCUGUCCUUUACUGCUUCCUCAAUGGAGAGGUGCAGUCAGAGGUGAAGAGGAAAUGGAGAAGCUGGACGGUGAACCGUUACUUUGCAGUGGACAUGAAGCACAGGCACCCGUCAUUGGCGAGCAGUGGUGUAAAUGGAGGCACACAGCUCUCUAUCCUCAGCAAAAGCAGCUCGCAGAUCCGCAUGUCCAGCCUGCAGGCUGAGACUCCAGCCACAUGAGCUGCAGUCUCUUACAUCCACAGACACACACUGAACUCCUCACACUUAACACUAAUUAGUCCAGUUUCACCUCAGAGACUUGCAUUGUGUGGGGCAAACUGCUGCUGGAGGCCAUUCAUCAGAGCAAUCUGCUCCUGAACACACACUAUAUCAACACCUUUAAUAAUCACAUGGUCAAGGAGACUAAAUUUGGCUCGUCCUUUAUACAAAUGAUGGGAUUUCUAGAGCCAGGAAAAUCUCUUUGGCGUCGUCGUGCCAAAUAAAUGAAAUAUUUUGCUCUUAUUCAUUGUGAUGAUCCUCAACACAAAGGCUAAAUAUCCUAAAUAUAACCUGCCAUACAUCUGAACUCUCACAAAUUUUUAUUACCAAGAAACCAUUAACUCUUCCCUCAGACAGAUGGGAAUAGUUUUGUCCAUGAUCCAUAAGCAAAAAAAAAAAAAAAAAAAAAAAUGGAUGGCACAAAGGGAAACACUUGGACCUGCCUAUCAUUAGACCUUUAUAACACCAGUUUUCAAGAAAAGGGAUAUUUCAACACUGAAAUGUUAACACUGAAUCUAUUUGAUUUAAUACAAAUAGAGGUACAAGAGCUAAUAAUCUGCCAAAAGUAUUUUAUUUAGAAAUUGUUCAUCGUGUUCCUGAACAUCUUUCUCAAUGUGCUGGUGAAUAUGGUCUUUGACUUGCUCUACACCAUGCUGUGGUCUCCCUAUAAGGCUGAAUAAUCAUUUUAUUGUACUUCAGUAAUGAAAUGUUUAGAAAAGGAUAAUGUUUUUGAAGAAGAAUAACUGAAGAAGAAAAUAACGAAUAGCUGAGAGGAUUCAUGCCAUUUAUUCCAUUAAUUGAUGCUGAUAGACGUGCGUAACGUUCCAGCGUAACGUUUUUAAAGCACAGAGACGACAUACUCACUUGCGUCAUUGUGAUAGUUGUCUGAUGAGGUAGUGAAAGAGCGUGUUAAAGCUUUUUUUAACUGCAGUUUGACUAUCAGUUUAGAACUGUGAAUGUAUUUGGUUAUUGAAUUUGGGACCAUUUUUGUUAACAGAAAAUUUGGGUGAAAAACUCUGACCUCUUAUUAUUUUAGAUGAAUCAAAAGCAAAACUAUUGAUAAUUCCUGCUACAACUAAAACCAAUACAUACAAAUACUUUAAAUUGUAUAGAUGUGUGUUCUUCUAACCAGCCGUCAGUACUGAAAAUGUCACUACAGCAAACAACAAGCAUAGUACCUCAUGAAUUUUGUAGAACUUGUUUGUUGUUUGCAUGAUUAUUUUUUUUUUUCCAUGAAUCAUUAUAUUGUAUAUAUGUAGUCUUAUUCAGCUUCAUAAAUACAAAGUGAAUAUUUUGGUCAUAUUUUUAGUAACACCAUUUUUUUGGUAGGAUCAUUCUAUUAAUAUCCGCUUCCGUUGGUGGUUUUUGAACUUACUAUCACAAUAGAAUGCUAUCUUUAUUAUUUUACACAAAUAUAAAGCAACAUCAAUCUAUCACAUGGCACUUUUGGUACUCCAAAGAUAAGUGUUUAGAUAUUUGACUUUGUAAAGCCGGUUAAUGCCGAACUUGUCUUGCAAAAGCUGUGGAAAAAGCUUUGCAGCUGAUGUCAAUAUCUGAGAAAGAUAUUCUUUAAUAGUGAUGCUCAGAACGUUUAUCAUGAAAGUGCCUUUUUGCACAAAAGUAAGAAUACAAUAUGGAAAUGAUAGAUAAGAUAAUCCAAUAUUAUUCAACUGCAAAUGCAUGAAGCUGUGUAACUCUGGGGAAGUACUUUUAUUGUACAUAAGUAUGUCUGUGUUAAAAACCAAGAGGCCUUGAAAAAAAAAAUACAAAAUACAUUUAGUUUUUGUUUCUUAGCCUUCUAUUAGACUUUCCUCUGGAAAAAUCUAGAAAAAAUGUGUUUUUAAUUGAAUUGUUUUUGAUAUUUCCAAAUUGAAUCGCAAAACAUUUUUUUGCUUUUGUAUUGCUAGCUGUAAAAACAUUCCACCUUUGUGUAUUACAGAACACUUAGCCUUUUUUCCACGUUAUAUCAGUGUAAUGCCUUGUUUGCAAAAAGAAACUGCAGAGAGAGCCGAGAUGUGUUUCAACAUGAAAUGAAACACAAAUAUAAAUUCUACAUUUUUUUUUUUUUUUAAAAAUCGCCAUUUCAUUAUAUCUGUGUAAAGUUACAGUAGAGAAGACGGUGUAAUGUGUUCUGGUGUUGUCAGCUUCAGUAAAGUGUAGAUGUGUUGUGAACGUAGUUCGGUUCAGCACAUUUCACAUACACUUAUAUGUUAGAAUGCAAAAUACAGCUCACGCGUCUUAAAAGGCGACAGUUUGUACUGAUAUUAGUUAUAAACUCUUGUGGUGUUGUAUAAGACUUGACUAGAAGACUAAAUGUAGACUCUGUGGCCUUUACAGAACUGAAUCCAUCUUCAUCGAUAAUCUUCUGAUCGAAUCAGUGCCAAAAUGUACGUUAUUAUCAUUCACAGUUGUGGAUCGGCCACGAGCGGAGUGUUACAUUACAUCUUAAGCAAUAUGCCAUUUUAUUUUUAGUCUAAGUCUCAUUAAUUAUAUCAUGUUCUGAUAUGAGGUUGUGCCAAACGUAACUAUUCGCUCUUGGUGUUGAUUUGUUCUUUCAGUACAUAACAAUACAUUCUGUUGUUCUAUAAAGUAGUUAUAGUAUCGGUGUUAAUGAGAAGUGUACCGUAGCGGACAUGCACUCUGAAUUGUUGUGUAACAUGCAGUAUUGAGUAUCGUGCUUCUGGAGCUGUAUCUAAUAAGUGUUCAUUCAACAUAGGUAGUUGUGUGAUUUUUUUUUCCUGUGUGUUUUUUUUUUUUGGAAGACGGUGUUUGCUAUGUAAAGCUUGUGUUAUUGCUGCCUGCGAUCGUGAAAUAGCUGCAUGUGUAUUGUGUGGUUUUGAUGGUUUCUUUACAAACUGGGUGUGUUGAUGUUUAACAAAAAAAAUGUUUCAGCCGAAAAUGGAAGUGUCACAAUAAAUUCGCAAGAAGUUAGCACUUACUUGAAUACGACUGCAAACGGUUUUGAUUAUCGCACUGAUUUCUUUCAUGUUGCCGUCAGACAAGGAACUUCCUUUUCACUGCAAAAUCUUUGUAGCCUUUUGUCUGCACUCAUUAUUGUAGGAAUCACCCACACUCACACUCGCAUAAGUAUUUCACUAAUUAUUCAGCAUAGCAUCGAAUCUGUGUCACUAGGUAAUUACGCUGAGUGCUGAUUGUAUGAAAACAGGUGUAUUGUGUAUGAAGACAUUUCAAAUCUAUUGUCAUAUUCAACAAUACCACCCCUUUUUAACACGCAGGGUUGAUCAAAGAAACCUGUUAAAUAAGAGCCGAUAUUGAAAAUGUCAUAUCAUCAGCAAAAAAGGGCACGAUUUCUUCUUUUUUUCUGUUUUACUCGAGCCUUAACAGCACAGCACACAUAAACAUUACCAACAUCUAUUACUAAAAUACUGAAAUAAUUCCUGAAUCAGCUCAAUUUUUUGAGCCGCCAGCGACCGAACAAUAAUUACUGAAUGUGAAUGCAUGACAGAACCCACAGUUGCUAUUCGUGUUGCUUUUGUGAAGAAAAAAAAAAACGUUUAGCUUUUUUUUUCAUCUUAUGUCACUUUUGCUAUAUAACGUCCUUUAGUUUUGUAUAUAAUGACUUUUAAAUUGCAAUAAAUGUCUCUAAAACUGC